AUCAGAAUCUCCCCAACUUCCCCGAUGAGCUCUUCUUCAUCCUGUAAGAGGAAGGCGGAAUGAAUAUGUGCUUGUCUCCUCUUCUUGGAGGACAUGAAGGGCUUAGGGCGUCGAUUAGGGAUUCCGUCGUCGCCUCCUCCUGCUCCUCCUCCUUAUCAUCUUCAUCAACAAAUCCAUCAAUUCGUCCUCACCAUCGCGGCUAACGAGCUCGGCUUCUUCCGGGUGGCGAGGAUGCAGAGGAGAGACUCUAGUCGGUUGAAGGCCAGGGAGUCGCCAACGAGGCGAGGUGCCUGUGGUUAAACCAUAAAACCCUAACAUUAUCACAUCCGCCGAUGCCAACGUACACGAUUUUCUACCACGGCAUUUGGCAAAUGCUCAAAGGAGCCAAAGGGUAAGAUCAAAUCACCAAUCCUUCUCUAUUGGCACGGUAAGCCAAGAUCUUGCCUUCUCUAGUUCCCACAGUGCCAUGACGCUCGCCCUUCCAGUCGCGCUCGGCUCUCUACCCAUCGGCGCAACCCUAGUAAGGUUCGAACAAACCUAAGCGUCGGUAGCUGCACUUGGGAUCUAGUCUCCGCCUUCCUCCUCUUCCGCCUCCGUCGACUGGGUGAAGGUCACUGACGGCGAGUUCUUCCAAACCAACUCCAGGCCGAUCAUUCUCUUCGACGAUAACACCUGUCGUGUCCUCUUCCUUUUUCCUUCUUCUCCAAUUGAAUUCCUACCCUAAUCAACCUCUGUGGCGGUGCUGGUGGCUGCAGGCGUGUGCAAUUUGUGCAACGGUGGAGUCAGAUUUGUUUGCAACAACGAUCGCAACAAGUCUCAUGGUCCUCUCCGUUUUCUUCUUUGUUUUCCCCUUUUCUCAGAUGGUAAUUUUGUCUGGUAUCCGGUCGUCAAGAGUAAUUUUUUUCCCAUUGAACUAUUUCUUCUAUGUAGAAUGAUUAGGUACGAGUUGCUUCAGAGUGAAUCCUGUAGGAAACUUCUGCAAAGAUGCGGGAGAUCAUCCGAUGAUAUUUCCAGUGUAUUACUUGUCAAAAAAGACAGGUUGUCAAUGCUAUAAAGUCCCAGCCGAAGCUUCUUAACAAAAUUGAUGAAGUGGUCUCUCAUUUCCUGAAUAUAGUGAAAACUAUGCAUGAACGAUGCAGCUCUUCUUUAGAGGUUGAUAUAAUCGCAUUGGACUUCUCCCAAAAGCUACCUUUUCGUUUGAAGAUUCCAUCUAUCAAGCUUGUUAUUCAGGUGCUCGUGGACUAUAUUUUUUCAUUUUCAGAUGCAAAGGUCACUGCUAGCUAAUGCCAUUAGGAAGAAACAGUUCUAUAAGGAAAAGAGUCAUACCGUCCAAUCUCAAUGGAUUAUAUUCUACAGCCAUGCAAGCAUUCAAGUAACUCAUCUCACAACUAAUACCUUUUGUAUGAUGUACUUAUUCAGCGUGGAUAAUCUCUGUAAGGACAUUUUUCUUCGUGGCAAGAUGGAUGAUCAAGGUUGGGCUCCCGUCUCAUUGAUUGCUACCUUUAACAUGGUCAAAAGAGUGACCACGAGCACAGCGGUGAUAUUGAAUGCUCUAAGAGAUUUGAUAGAACUUGAAAUACAGCAAAGAAAAUUAGAAGACAAGAGGAUUGGAUUAGAUAGUUACUGCCCUCGAUGGAAAAUCCAAAUGGUCAUGGUUCCACGCCUCACUUGACAUUGAACCAUGAUGAUUCAGUCAUUCACCCCAUGCAGACUCUCAGAUUAGAGGAAUCUUCCAGCCAGGCCACCAUGAGUUGUACUCAAACUAAGGUAGCACUUGAUAGGUGAUCAACAUCCUGUAGCUCCAACAACCAGCAGGGUAGAGAUCUAACUCAACUAGAAGAACUUUGCCGCAACGGUUCAUAUCAUGAAAUAGGCAGUGGCUGAAUCAUCAUGAAAUAGUCUUUUGGCUAUUGUUCAUUAGUUGUAAAUAGAGUUUAUUUGUUUAUUUGUAUUGGGAUAAAUUUUAUUUGAACAUGAGAUAUGUUUCUUCUUUUGUGAUUGUAAUUCUUGUAUAACUAACAUUUUGAA